UGAGCACGUUCACUCUAGCAGUUUCGGCUGGGGCUGUUUUGCUUUUGCCCUUCUCAAUAAUCAGCAAUGAAAUCCUGCUUGCUUUUCCUCAGAACUACUAUAUUCAGUGGCUAAACGGCUCCCUGAUUCAUGAUGAUAGCCGUUCAUGGGACCAGCUGUCAUAGAGGAGGCCCAGGAGAGCCCAUGGUACAGUUCCAGCCUGAGUUUGAAGCCCUCGGUGGUGGCAGUAGACAGGUCCGCUUUAGUGACUGUUUGUGGAACCUUGCUUCUCUCUUUUCCAAUCUUUGUUUAUUUGUGUUGAUGCCCUUUGCCUUUUUCUUUCUGGAAUCAGAAGGUUUUGCUGGCCUAAAAAAGGGAAUCCGAGCCCGAAUUUUAGAAACCCUGGUCAUGCUUAUUCUUCUUGCCUUGCUUAUUCUUGGGAUGGUGUGGGUGGCCUCUGCCCUCGUCGACAAUGACGCUGCCAGUAUGGAGUCUUUAUAUGAUCUCUGGGAGUUCUACCUACCUUAUUUGUACUCCUGUAUAUCAUUGAUGGGGUGUUUGUUACUUCUCUUGUGCACUCCAGUUGGCCUCUCCCGCAUGUUCACAGUAAUGGGGCAGCUCUUGGUGAAGCCAGCAAUUCUCGAAGACCUGGAUGAACAAAUUUAUAUGAUUACCCUAGAGGAAGAAGCACUCCAGAGACGACUAAAUGGACUGUCUUCGUCAGUGGAAUACAAUAUGAUGGAGAUGGAGCAAGAACUUGAAAAUGUGAAGACUCUUAAGACAAAAUUAGAGAGGCGCAAAAAGGCUUCAGCGUGGGAAAGAAAUUUGGUGUAUCCUGCAGUUAUGGUUCUCCUUCUUAUUGAGACAUCUAUUUCAGUCCUCUUGGUGGCUUGUAAUAUUCUUUGCCUGUUGGUUGAUGAAACAGCAAUGCCAAAGGGAACAAGGGGGCCUGGAAUAGGAAGUGCUUCUCUCUCUGCCUUUGGCUUUGUGGGAGCUGCACUUGAGAUCAUUUUGAUUUUCUAUCUUAUGGUGUCCUCUGUUGUUGGUUUCUAUAGCCUUCGAUGUUUUGGAACCUUUAUUCCCAAGAAGGAUGACACGACUAUGACAAAGAUCAUUGGGAACUGUGUGUCAAUCCUGGUCUUGAGCUCCGCACUGCCUGUGAUGUCAAGAACACUGGGAAUCACUAGAUUUGAUCUACUUGGAGACUUUGGAAGGUUUAAUUGGCUGGGAAAUUUCUAUAUCGUGUUGUCCUACAAUUUGCUUUUUGCUAUUGUGACAACACUGUGUCUGGUCAGAAAAUUCACGUCUGCUGUGCGAGAAGAGCUGCUCAAGGCCCUAGGGCUUCAUAAACUUCACUUAUCAAAUACUCCAAGGGAUUCAGAAACAGCAAAGCCUUCUGCAAAUGGGCACCAGAAAGCCCUGUGAGACAUGCAGCACCACUCUGCAAUCAAGAGCCGAGACCCAGACUCGUGACAUUCCUGCCGGUCAGGCACGUUUCCCAGCGGCCGUGGCCCACGGUCAGGGCCUGGGCCUGUCAGUGCCCCUUUUCACAAUCUGAGAGCUUGGCUGCUGCAGGUCAUCUUUUUAUCUAACCUUGGGGUGGACCUUGUAGUGUCCAGCCAUGCGCAGGCUCCUGAGGGAGCACAGCUCUGUCCUCUGCGGACACGCUUGCCCGCGCCCCUUGGCAGAACCACCCACGUGAGAAUGUCAGAAAAGGCAAACUUGGGGGCUUUCUGAGGAUUCAGUUGAAUCUCAUAUACUUCCUUCAAAAGAUAGACACCUACAUAGAAGGUACCCUCGGUAUUUAGACGUGAAGUUUCUGCCAGAAAUGAAGAUUUGCAGGUGUCAUUACAGUGGGAGCUCUGGGACUGCAACGGUUGCAAGUUACGGUUUUCACUUCCUUAAGGCAAAGGCGAAGGCAUGGUUCUGAUUAGUGUUACAGAAUGACAUUGACUGGAUUUUGAGUCAAGGGAAAAAUACAGAAUUCUUUUAAAACCGGAGCCUGGGUAGAACGCCGCAGGAAUAGCUGCUCUGUCCGGCGUGAGAGGCAGCGUGGAGGCGCUCCCGAGCGCCGCUGCCCGGCGGCGUCCGUGCUUGAGUCGCCGUUACCUCUCGUGGCAGGGCUGCCGGCGCUGAGCACGCCUGUAACUUAGACUUUGCCUUGCAGGCUGUACAUACACACAGUUUUUUUUUAAACUUUUUUUUUCAGAAAUCCCUUGAUUCUCUGUGCUCCUGUGUCCAUCCUGUGAAACUGUAAGUGCUCUGUGGUAGAAGUCCCACUAGCGCUGUGCUCCUCAGGCUGUGUCACUUCUGUGCACGUCGACUUAACGCUCAGGCUCUAAGCAGUGACCGUCCAGCCCCACAGUGUGCAGCAUCAGUGUCCGCGGGGUGGGGGUUCUGCCGGGUCCCUGAUGAGCAUGCAGCUGGUAGACUGCAGAGCACCCUUGGGAUGGUUUCUGGACUUUGAGGCCACUGAAUAAACACCCUCUGUUGCCAUCCGCUGGGACAGAGCACCGGAAGCCACGCGUGCUCAGCCUGCGGCCCUGGGAACGCACACGUUCACGCGCGCUUCGUGUAUGCUGGUGAGUGUCUGUGUUCAGACAAAAGAAAAGAACACUUUUCUCAAAUGGUUGAAUUUAAAGGGUUUUUUUUAAGAGAAAUUUAUGAAGAACGGGCUGUUUCCACUUAGAGCUAAAAUAAUAAGAAAACGUUACGUACACUCCACUGCGUGUGCCUCUCCUGUGUUUACACCCCUGCGCUCCGUCUCGAGCUUCUCUUCUUGUUGCAGUGCAGCUUAGCUUUAAAAUAUAAGAGCACUUUAUGAUUCUAAGCAACGUUCAGUACAUACCACCAGUCUAGUACGGCCGAGUUUCUCAGCGUAAGACCCACAUACUGGGAGAACGAGUGAGCUGUCUGCUUUCUGAUUUUACUGGUAAUGCUACCUAUUUAAGUGUUCAUUGCGAGUCUUGAAUUUUACUCAGACUUGCCUGCUUCGAGCAGACCAGGCCAGGGGAAGCAGAGAGACCCCCCUGAAUAAACAAACAUCACUUGCAGCUCACACCGCUUCAGGGCGCAUCCGGAGGGAGGGUUCUGGGCGACCGUAAGGUGCCUGAGAUGUUUUGAGUAAAGUACUGAACUUUUCAAUGUCUGUAUCAAUUCUCUGUUCACUUGAGAGUCUCCUCCCAGGACAGAAGUGAAGCCAGGCUUGGAUUAGUUAGGGGUAAGAUGUGUGACAAACUCCUGAAGCUCUUACUGGAUGCUUCUUCACAGCCGUGUUGAACUAGAGGACACACAGCACGUGGAGGGGCUGUUUUUGGGUCGCAGGUGCCCUCUGGAAAUGGGUGCAGGUCAUCAGGUGCUCGGCCUGAAGGUGAUGUGUACAGACACCUAGUGUGUCCCCGGUCACACACGUGAGAAUCUGCCUCUUGAUUGAGACCCUCACUGUGAGCGCAGGUGCUUCUCUGGGACCCUCGCUGGGGGCUGGUGUAUGACACGUCGGCAGGAGCGGGUGGCAGCGCACUGCGGCCCAGCCCUCCUGGGGCCGGAAGGACGGGCGUCCUGCCGCUACAGCUGUGAGCGCCGGCGCAGGAGGGGCGGUGAGGCCUCAGCUCCAAGGUCCUGGCGUUGGCAGCCCGCCGGGCCCGGGGCUGCCCUCCUCCUCGGGGAUGGAGGACGUCACAACCACAGUAAAGUCGUGCUGCUUUGCUUUCCUCUCCUCUCGGGGGCCUGUUGUAGCCGGGCGCUGGGGGCCGCGGUUGCGGUCUUCUGAGGGGCCUCACCGGUUCUCAUUGUCAGUUGGCUCUGUGGUAUUUAAGUAAAUUGUUUUACAGUUAGAAAGUUUACAGAUUUAACAUUUGUAAUGAUUUUGACUGAUUUUCCAAAACAUAUCUUUGAUUUAAUAUUUAUUUAGCUUUAUGCACAUUCUAUAUAAAAAUAGACCUCAAAAUAUAAGACUUUAUAUGAAACUUACAGACAUACACACGAAUGUUAGCGCCUUCAGUGCCGUGCUGAGGGUUGACGCUGGAGGAGAGUGACCCAUCCCUGGUGGUUCUUACUCUCGGCUGCGUCCAGGCUGCAUGUACACCUGCCCUCAGGGCAUUGACACCUGCCUGGCUUUGCUGGAGCACAGUCGACCUGCCUGUGGCCUCAGUAACCACCUGACAGCCAGCAACACAGGCUUACAUGUUGAAAGCCCUGUGUGGCUCUCUGUGUGGUUCGCACAGUACGUAGAGGAGAAGGGGACAGUUCUCACAGUAAUUUUCUUGAAAAAUACGAGCAUACGUGCAGUACUGACUUUAAACUUUAAAAAAAUUGGUAUGAUGUUACUUUAAAAAUAACGUUCGGAUGCAUGGAAAGUUGUUUUUGUUUACAGUGUUUUGUUUACAAGUCAGUCUUGUUUGUUUCUGUGAGAUACUUUAGUGUGACUUGAAAUAUCUCAGAAAUUAAAGGUUUACAAAAAAGUGAUUUCACAUUUUGGUUUACAAGCACUCA